AUGGGGAGGAUUCCUUGUUGCGAGAGGGAGAGCGUGAGGCGAGGACAGUGGACGCCGGAGGAAGACACCAAGCUCGCCUCCUACAUCCAACAACACGGCACUCGCAAUUGGCGUCUAAUUCCGAAGAACGCUGGAUUGCAAAGGUGUGGAAAGAGCUGUCGACUCCGGUGGACAAACUACCUUCGCCCGGACCUCAAGCGCGGCGAGUUCUCGGAGUCCGAGGAACAAACCAUAGUGAAACUGCAUGGCGUCCUGGGAAACAGGUGGUCGAUGAUAGCAGGGCAGCUGCCGGGGCGCACGGACAACGACGUGAAGAACCACUGGAACACCAAGUUGAAGAAGAAGCUGACGGGGAUGGGCAUCGACCCCGUCACUCACAAGCCAUUCUCCCAUCUCAUCGCCGAGAUCGCCACCGCGCUCGAUCCCCCGCAGGUUGUUCACCUCGCCGAGGCCGCCCUCGGCUCCUUCAAGGACGAGAUGCUCCAUCUGCUCGCCAAAAAGAGCCCUGCUUCAACUACGUGCUUCAGUUUAGCUUCCGGUGUUAAUAAUAUUGGGGACGAAAAAGUUAUUGAACUAAGCUCCUGCGACGAGGUCUGGAUCGAGGCCAUGGUGGAUGGCUGUGAACCGCCGUCGUCGAAUGGAAUGCAGCUGUCCGGCUUGGUCGACGACGACUUGGGGGGAGGGUCCGCGUGGAGCACCGACGCCGGUGGGGGCAGACGGGGUGGCAUUGUGGGACUGAACGGAAAAAUUGAGGAGGAGGGAGUGGGAGAAAAAUUUGCAGGAAGAGAAGGCGCCGGUGCCGGCGUGUUGGGAUCCGACUGCGUUCCCUGGGAUUUGCCUUGUGAUUUGAUGUUGAUGCAUCCUUAA